GCUACACCUACUCAUGCUAUCCAGGGACUCUGGUGUAACUUAGAGGAAGACAAGCCCACCCUCUGUCCAUAUUCUGCGGCUUUUUCGGUUCAGUGAGUCUCUGUCGGGGGAAAGACCAAGACCUUUUUCUAAUAGGAGGUGGAGUUCGCUGUGUGCUUCAACUCCAUGCGCUUGCUGCAAUGUUAAGCCAGAGCUGAAACUACGUAUCCGCUGGCUCUAUUUCAUGACAGCAUACACCAGCCAUGGAGUUCAACAAAUUGGUGACCUUGUGGAUAUUUUGCUUGUGUCUCGUUGGAGAAAGUUGGACUGAAAAACAAAGUUCACCUACACCGGACAUUGUUGAAAAUGGGGUGUCAGAUUUUUGUCGCAUCGAUGAGCAACUAUGCAAGGACGAGAACAGCAAUCUGGGCUAUGAGGCUAUCCGUAAUAUCCACAAACAGAUGGAUGAUGAUGCAAAUGGCAACGUAGACGUGGUAGAGACAGACGGUUUCCUGAGAGAAGAUCUAAAUUACCAUGACCCCAAGGCCAAGCAUAACAGCUUCCAUGGGGAUGACCAGUUCAUAAGUGUGGAGGACUUGUGGAACGCAUGGAAGGGCUCUGAAGUGUAUAAUUGGACAGUGGAUGAGGUCGUGGAAUGGCUCAUCACAUAUGUGGAACUGCCACAAUAUGUGGAUGCAUUUCGCAAGAUGGGUUUCAAUGGCAGUUCCAUGCCAAGGUUAGCCAUAAAGAACACCACUCUGACACUCUCUAUUCUGAAGAUUCUGGAUCGCAGCCAUGUGCAAAAGUUGCAGCUGAAAGCUUUGGACACUGUACUGUUUGGAGCACCCCUGAUGAAUAGACACAACCACUUGAAGGACUUCAUGCUGGUAGUGUCAAUAGUCAUAGGCAUGGGUGGCUGCUGGUUUGCCUACAUCCAGAAUCGCUACUCUAAGGACCACAUGAAGAAGAUGAUGAAAGACCUGGAGGGCCUGCAGAGAGCUGAACAGAGUCUGCAUGACCUACAACAGAAGCUGCAGAUCGCCCAGGAGGAGCACCGUACAGUAGAAGUAGAGAAGGUGAACCUGGAGCAGAAGCUGAGGGAUGAGAUCAACACUGCCAAGCAGGAAGCCCAGCGACUGAGGGAGCUGCGUGAGGGUACAGAGAAUGAACUGAGUCGCCAAAAGUACGCCGAAGAAGAGCUAGAACAGGAAUUUGGCAAGAACAACCGAGCACAGCCCACACAAGUGCGCAUGGCAUUGAAGAAAGCAGAAAGGGAGCUGGAGUCCAGGAGUAGCUGGUCACCACCAGAGUCUCUCCAGAAGUGGCUGCAGCUCACCCACGAGGUGGAAAUGCAGUACUACAACAUCAAGAAGCAAAAUGCUGAACGGCAGCUCUUGAUGGCCAAAGAAGGGGCAGAGAAGAUAAAGAAAAAGAGGAACACACUCUUCGGGACUUUUCACGUGGCUCACAGCUCCUCCCUGGAUGAUGUGGACCACAAAAUACUGGCAGCAAAACAAGCCCUGGGUGAGGUGACGGCUGCUCUGCGGGAGAGGCUUCACCGCUGGCAGCAGAUAGAGAUCCUCACAGGUUUUACCAUCGUCAACAACCCAGGCCUUCCUUCUCUGGCAUCAGCCCUCAACCUUGAUCCCAGCUUCACGGGCGGCAGAGCGACACCUCAGCACUUCAUCAUGUCCGACGACAUGGACGACUUGGACGAGGAUAUCGUGCCUGGAACUCUGCAAUAUGGCACCCGACUGUUGGAACGACGAGCAAGUGACCUGUGGUCCGUCGGUUCAGACUGUCAGCCCAUGUGGAAAUAUCCGGCUCCCAGUAUGAUGUCCCUGCGCCAACGGCACAUUGAACCCCAGCUGGCCACGGGCUCCCAGAGGGACCUAAAUCGCUCUGACUCCGACUCCUCUCUGUCCCUCUCCCAAGUUGGUGAUCGACUAUCUGCCUACAGCUCCAAAGGCCACCUAAUCAAGCCCACCGCUCUAAUUCACGGUCUGUCUGGCCGUGCAGAUGAUGCCGUCUCACUGCAUGCUCACACCCCCAACGGAGGGAACCGCAUUCAUGAGGUCAGUCCUACAGAGCCUGUCCCUGACAGCCCCAUACUUAUGAAGAAGGUGUACGGCAUGGAGCAGUCACCCAGCAUGGGAGAGAUCAACAGUCUGUCAGAGUCGUCCCGUUCCCUCAGCCCCAACUCCACUGAACCUGACACACCAUCGCCUACAGGAGGGCAACCAGGGGCCAUAGGGGCAAAGGGCAGCACCCGUAUCCCGCAGCUGUCCUCCAAGAAAAGCCCACUGGAGGAAGACAGUGGCUCUACAGGAGAAGACACAGAUUCUACUGCCAGCCGCAAGAAACACACCUUCAAGAUCUUCAAGAAACCGAGGAAAUAAGGGCUACAUGAACUACAGGCUAUUAAAGCUGCUGUUUGACUGUAUUCCUCUGGUCUGUUUUUGGGAGAAAAAAAAAAGUUUGUGGGGUUAAUUAGUGGUCAAAUGAUGGCACAAUGUUGCUGUUGCAUCAUUUUGUAGGUACAGCACCUACUCUAAGACACUGGACUGUGGGAGUGACCAGCUGUUCAGUUUUAUCUGCUUAUUUGGCCAAUGUUGCUUAAUUGUGGGGAAUGGGUAGGUUUGUAUAUUGGAAUGUAAAGUAUUAUUUAUUCUGCAGGAAGUUGUGCCCGUCUCAAAGGGAAAUGUGUCUCCCAGUUGGUUUUUCUUUCUUGUUCUACAAUCUAUAACAUUUUGCAUGUCUUCACUUUUGUUUGACAGAUACUCGAAUGCUCUUAGUGUUUGCUUGGUUCUUGUCGUUAACCUGCUUAGACAACACUUGAUGUUUCUUUUAUUACUACCUACAUCUACCACUCAAAAGUGAAUGUGCACUACUUUGUUUUUAUUGGUGGUUAUAAGUGUUUGUCUUUUGUGGUCACCUUCUUGGCAGAGCAAAUGACACAUCAAGGAGAUCCUCAACCAGAAGAGUAGUAGUAGAAAGCUCAGAAUAUUAGUGACUCAAAUGUUUGAGAGCAAAAGGUGAAGUUUGAAGUGCCAUUUGGACACAGCACAGCAAUAGUAGCUACUUGGUCUGAUUGAAACUCCAUAGCAGUGAAAUGCAGUAUGGAUUAAAGAAGAUUGCACCAUCAAAUUGCAUCAUUAGACCUUUUACAUUAUUUUUAGAGUUUAGGUUUGAGUACAUGAAAGAGAAUUGCUUUGGUGAAAUGUCCAGCUUUUAAACACCACCAACAAAUUUAACUGCUGAUUAAUUUUACAUAUAUCUUCACUGGACCUGGAGGUGAACACGUGUUUGAAGAGCCUGGCUAAAAUGUCCUGCUUGGGUGUAGGUAUCUUUUAAUUAGUAGGCAGUAUUGUUACUGAGCACAUAAAUACCAAAAUAUUAAUAAUAUAAUAACAUAACUGUCUGAAAAUAACAGACUGCAUGACAAUGAACUUCCAUCUGACGCUCACAUUACAUUGAAGAGGAUACACUUUGAAGAAAGUGUAAAGUAUACCCCAUGAAAAACACAAAUCAAAGACCUUAACACAAAACACUUAAAUCACAUUUUAAUUGCAAUUAUUAAAGGUUUUUAAAGAUUAUACUCCUAAUAAAAGGGAUGAUGUAUAAAUGGGAUCCAACAUUUUCCACUGAUUAUUAAUAUGAUUAAUGAGGCACUUUAACUUGGAUUUUGGUGCCUUUUAUCUUCUAGCUUUCUGUUUCUGUUCUAUGGUUAUCUAGGUAGACAUUUAAACCUUCACAGCAGUUUAACAGUGGGGGGUGGGUGCAGGUAAGGGCUAUAGUUGUAAGUCAAAAUCAUUUGCUCUGAAUAAGAUAGACUUUUUCAAGUUGUAACACUUUGUAAUUCACCUUUUAUGGAAGAUGUAGCUCAACAAGUUAUGGAAGCAGAAGACCAGUCAUGUUAAAGUUACUUUCAGAGGCCUUUGUGUUUAUUGUAUGUUUUUACAGACAACACAAAACCACACGAUAUACACCCAGUCUGUGGUGUAUAUCCUGAGUUUAAACGCUGAAUGUGCAAGGAUACUGUCACUGUAACAGUAUCCUCAGUACAGCAUGUUUACAUUAGUUAUGGAUAUAUCCUCACAACAAAAGAACAUUGUGCCAGUUUUAAUAUUGACGGCUUCAGAGCACAGAACUAUGCAUCAGUAGGGGUUUAGUUUAGAUGAUUACUAAAGUAGUAGGGACGCCAGUACACUUAGGGCGUUGACCAACGAACAACCAAAAAGUGCUGCAAUAGACACAGUGGGCCUCCCCCCAGCCUCAUAAUGUAACAGGUGGCUUGGAUGUACUAGACAUGUUUGAAUAUUUUAUUUUAGAAACCAGCUAAAAAGUUAUCACUUUUCUACUGGUACUUUUUUAAAGUGUCAUUUGUAUAUCUUUUGCACGACAGAGCUGUAAAUGGAUGAUUCCAUUUGAAUGUGUGUGAGUGUGUGUCUGUCUGCUCCCAGUAUAAUGCACUGUAAUGUUGAUGCAUGUCAACUAUUGUAACAAAACCUAUAUUGGGUUAGGAGGGUGGAUCAGCGUAAGGUCUUUACUCCCCAACCUACUUUUUCUUUCUCUUUAUUUUGGGCUUCAGUUUAUGAAUACAUACAGUAUAUUUGUACAGAGACAAUGAUAAUUUUGCAUCUUCUGUGAUGGUCUGGACUUUUAUGGCACUUCUGCAUGAUAGCAAUAAACUAUUUUGAAUGAAA